GGAGAGAGAGGGGGAGGGCAAACUCACAGGAAAAGGAAGGAUCAGGCUGGAUCAGGUGCAGUCCUGGCUUUUAGAGACAGAGCUCUGCAAAAGACAAGCCAGAAAGGAAUCCUCUGUAACAACAACUGCAGCCAGAGGAGGGGACAACUCACUGUCCUUAACAAUUCCCAAUGAAUUAUUUUCCAGGUUACAGAAUCAUCAGAGUUCCUUAAAGCAACACACCCAGUCAACUCUCCCUCCCUGGUACAAGCUGGACAUGUGCAUGGGGAAUUCAAACUGAUUUCUUUUCCUCAUUUGCAUUUUUUUUAUCCUUCUAUUUUUUUUAGCACUGAAAACAUUUGUUUAAUCACGUUUGAUUUCCUGUUGAUCACAAAGCAAUCUGGAGGUCUGCCUUCCCACCAGAGUUAAUCUAUUGAUGUUAGAGACAGCAGGUCGGCAGCAUGAUGUGGGCAGUGUGUAUGUUAUUGCUUCAGGCCAUUACAGCCACCAUUGGGAAUAUCCUGGACCCUCAGAAACUCCCUGAAAUUAAUAAAUCAGGAGAAGUGUUUUUAGACGAAGGGGCUGCAAAUAAAUUUUUGACGCGUAAACGACGCUAUAACAGUUGGGAUUUCGAGAUGUUUACAAAGGAUAAUCUGGAGAGGGAAUGUGUCGAAGAAGUAUGCAAUUAUGAAGAAGCUCGAGAGAUCUUCGAGGAUGACCAGGAAACAAAAAAAUAUUGGGACACCUAUCCACACAACGGGAAAGGCGGCAAUUCGUCAUCUUCCGGCACAGUGGAUGUGGCAGGUCUCGUGGCUGGGCUUAUAGCUGGUCUCGUAUUGCUGGUGAUGGCAGGGGCUAUAAUUCUGUAUUGUGUACGAUACCGAGCCAAGGAUUCUGCUAGAGGGAGACCGCCUGUAAAUUUAACUAGUAAUAUACCGCUGCCUGAGGAACUGCCAUUGACCCACCUUCCUGUACCUGUGCCCGAUGCACCAGGGCUUCCUAGCUAUGAGGAAGCAUUAGAAGCAUCAGGCACGUAUGAUGCACCCCCACCACCAUAUCAAAGAGGUUCUACCAGAUCAACCACUGAACCCAGCUGAAGAUAAUUGCAUUGAAUAUGGACUUCUUUAUGACCAAAGUGUACAGCAUGACUGUUAAAGAAUUGAAUGUGCUUUUGCGAAAAAUGAAAUGGGUUCUGUGUACAUUUCUUUUUUUUUUUUUUUUUUUUUUCUUUUUUACUUUUUCUUAAUAACAUGUCAGGCAUUUUUCGUCAGUUACCAAAGCCACUGAAACUGCAGUAUAGAUGCUAUCCAUGUUUAAUCCAUACUAGUUCCAUGUCCUGGUUGAUCUGUGCAGUUCUUCAGAGCUACACAUCUCACAUAAACAUUUGAAACACUGGAGUUGGCAUAUUAAACCUGCACUGAGUUAAUUAUCCUUCAUUACACAAGACAAACCCAACCUCAUUGGCAUUCCUAAUGCAUUUAGAAAAGGCCAUUGACUUUAACUUGGAUCGUACCUGUUUCAGUUAUUUCUUUGAAAUGUCACGUAUAAAUGUCAACACAAAUAACAUGAUAUCAUAUGCAUUCUGUGCUACAGCCCGUUAUCGGGGAAGAAUUCCAUUAAAUGUGAGUUAUAAAAAAAAUAUAUACGGUAUGUAUAAAUAUUCUGUGUAAUCACUAAUAUUGGAAAUAUUGUUUACAGAAUGGAAUUUCAACCAAGAUGCUUUGUUGGCUCAAUCUUUGGAAGGAUUUAAACAGGAUUUAAAUCAAUGCAAGAACCUACACUGUUUUAAUCAGGCGAAAUUGCUAUGAUGUCAUUAGAAUCAGCUCAUUGUUUUUCCGUAAUCUGAAUAUUCUACAGAUUUGAAUGUGUCUGUGAUCCAUCAUUUGAUACUGUAAAUACAAGACGGUCCAUGCAAUCUGUCAGUCAUUGAAGGUGGGACUGAUGGCUUGGGAUACCUUGGUCCUAAAGAGUUAAAAUGCUUUUAUUGAAUUGCAGUUGUACGUCGAAGAAAAUCAUAGUACUAGCAGAACUUUUUAAAGGCUUUGUAUAUAACAACUAAAUGUAGCUUGUAAACAUGUGAUUGUUACUGUGAAGGCACCAUAGUCCUUUUUUUUUGUGUGAAUACAGCUGCAUCGCAUUCUGAGAGCUACCUGCCUUCUCUUAAUCAGUGGGUUACAGGCUCACUCGUGUAUUGAAUUUUUAUAAAUGUUCCUCUGCAGCACUCGUGAUAGUAGGGCAAAGUUCCUAUGCUGCAGCAAACUAUCAGUGUGUCACGUUUAAAUCCUAUUUAAGUUAGAGAAAUAAGAUUCAAAAUAAAGAUUAGAGAUUAGUAGUAUUUAAAAAA